AUGGACGGCGAAUGCGUGCCGUCGCCAUGGCCGGAGCUCCCGCCGGACCUGGCAGGCGCUGUCUACUGCCGGCUGGUGUCCUACGGCGACCGCGUCCGCUUCCGGGCCGUGUGCCGUCCGUGGCGCCUCGCCGCGCGGCGGCAGCACCCGCUGCCGGCGGCGCUCCCCUGGAUUGCCUUGGACCGCACCACCUACGAGAGCCUCCCCGACGGCGAGGUGCACCGCGUGCCCGUCCCCGGCGAGCUUCCCGCGGACACGGUCUGCCGCGGCGCCUUCGACGGCUGGCUCCUCUACGAGAGCGGCGAGCAGCGGGAGCGCUGCCUGAGGAACCCUAUUUCCAUGGCCAAGAUUGAUCUGCCCUACCACUGCGACGAGGUCAUCAACCCCGGCUUCAACCUGGACGGGCUCUACCCCACCACCGUGUGCUUGCACGAGGCCGUCCUGCGCAAGAUCGUCGUGUGCUCGCCGGACUUCCUCGCCGCCAUCAUCGACUACGGCGCCGUUCUCUUCCUCCGCCCAGGCAGCAUGCACUCAACCUGGUCACUGGCCGCCUGCCCCGGCUACGUGGGCGACAUAGCCUUGUACCGCGGCAAGCUCUACUUCGUCGCAGGCCACGGGGAGCUCGCCGUCCACGACUUUAGCAGCAGCAGCAGCGAGGCCUCGAGUAGCCGCCGCCAUGGAUCAGCAAAGGAUGACUCCUCGUCUUCUUGCGUCGACGUCGUGAUCAGCACAGAGCCUCCUCUGAACAACCAGAAUCCCCCUCGGGGCCACUUCUGGGACAGUACCGUCUACCUCGUCGUGUCGUGCACCGGCAAGCUGCUGAUGGUUCGGUGGCGGCGGUGCCUCCCCUUGGCUCCCCAUUACCGCCAUUGGUGCGCCGACGAGCUGAGCAAGGAGAUCAAGGUGGACGUGUUCGAGGCCGACCUGGAGAAGCGCCGGUGGUCGGAGGUAGAGGAGCUAGGCGAGCAGGCUCUCUUUGUCGGCACCACCUGCUCCAAGGCGCUUCCAUGGCCGGAUCAUGCCAACUGUGUUUUCUUCUUGGGCUUGAACGUAGCCAAAUUCAGCCCGGACGGGACGAUCGAUGGCAUCGGUGGCUGUGCCUACUGCGUUUAUGACAUGAAGAAUGGCGCAUUCAGCUUCGACCAUCCGGUGUCCAUUGAGAGAGAUUUUCGACGAUCGAGAGACGAUUGGUUCUUCCCUUGCGAUGUGGUUGAAAGUUGA